AUGCUGCACGCAUACAACUGCACUCGCAGUGGGGUCACGGGGUUCUCUCCCUACUACUUGCUUUACGGGCGGUCCCCCCGCUUGCCAGUAGACCUGCUCUUCAACCUACAGCCCAGUGAGACAAAAGAGACGUACACAGAAUAUGUACAGAACUGGCAAAACAGAAUGCAACAAGCCUAUGAGAUCGCAUCCAAAACAGCGGCCCGAGAAGCUUUGCGAGGAAAAAGAGGCUACGACAGAGUACAUGGAGUUGACCUGCAACCUGGCGGACGGGUGCUCGUUCGUAACCUGUCAAAGACGGGCGGCCCUGGUAAACUGCGGUCCUACUGGGAGAGUAAAGUGCAUGUGGUGGUGAAGAGAAGGAGCAGUGACAGUCCGGUGUAUGAAGUAGCACCAGAGGGAGGAGGCAAAAGUCGUGUGUUGCACAGGAACCUCUUACUCCCAUGUGACAGCCUGCCCUUGGAUAAACCAGAACCAGCUCCUGCAAAACAAGAGAGGAGGAAAGUACAGAUGCGGACAAGGACAAGACAACACCAAAUCAACGGACAAGUGGAAGACUCGGACAGUGAAAGUAGUGAUGAAGUUGAGCUGGUGUGUCGAUUCCCACACUACCAUGAAGAACCAAGUAAAAGAGCUGCAGACUUGAAUCCAGAAGAAGAGCCAUUUGCACCAGCUCUGGUGAUGAAAGAUGGAGCGCCGGAUCUAGAGGAGGCAGCGCCAGUCCAAGAGGAUGCAGAGGCUGACAUCGGCGACAUCGCAGCUGAGGCAGAUGGUGAGAACGACACUGCAGAGCCUGGCGAGAGUCUACAAGAGUCGACUGCAGAGCCUGGCGAGAGUCUACAAGAGUCGACUGCAGAGCCUGGCGAGAGUCUACAAGAGUCAUCAGAGGAAGAUGAUCCUGACCCUCCGCCAGCGACCAACUACCCGCAGAGAGCCAGACACCGUCCUAGAAUGCUGACCUACACAGCCUUGGGUGAGCCGACGUGGGUGGAAGCUGGUGCAGAGAGCCUGCACACUGUGAACCGAGCAAGGGUUGACUCAUUUGGGCCAACAAGACGACACUCAGGACCUGAGGAGGAGGAGCAAGAAGGGGGUGAAAGACAGAGUGAUGAUGAGGAGGCUGGUGUGGAGGAGGAGGAGAAUGACAAAGAGGAGGCGGGAGAACAGCAGGAUUGUGUCAUCUCAGACUAUGACACCGACUUGGAACUGGAAGACAGACAAGAGGCUUAUGACCUGACAGGACAGACGCGCUACAUGGAGGCAUGUAAACUGUACCAUGUGGUUCCUGCCUCCCACGUCCUGCGCAACAUGCAGAACAGCGAGUUGUCCAUGAUGCACUGCGGCCUUGGGCCUCAGGGAGCCAAAGCUCUGGCUGUUCCCCUGGUAACCAACACUUCCAUCUUGCGGCUGAACCUGAGAGAUAAUUGGAUGGAGGGAAUGGGCGGAGCUGCCAUGGCUGAAAUGUUAAAGGAAAAUUGCUAUGUUACAGAGGUGGACUUGUCAGACAACAGGCUCGGGGAGCAGGGAGCUCAGGCCAUGGCCAGCAUGCUGCGGGAGAACAUCACCCUGCGGGCCCUCUACCUCUCAGGCAACCAUCUGAAUGACCGAGCCGCCCAGCAUCUGGGCUUGGCCCUCAUCGGUAACACCAAGCUAGAGAGCCUGGACCUCAGCCACAACUGCCUGGGGGAGGCUGCAGGGGAGACACUGGGAGAGUCCUUAUCUGAGAACACAGGUCUGAGAUCGCUGAGCCUGGCCUGGAACGCCAUCCGUGGGAGAGGAGCAGUGAUGUUGGCCAGGGGCAUCGGGGCCAACAUAUUCCUGAGGACACUGGAUCUGUCUUAUAAUGGAUUGGGGAAAGAGGGAGCCAUUGCUUUGGGAGAAGCAUUAAAAGAGAACAACACUCUGGUGGAGCUUGAUCUGAGAAACAACCGCAUACCACCUGAAGGAGCCAUCCGCUUCGCCCUGGGUCUCAGAGUAAACAAGACAAUGAAGGCGCUCAGCAUUGGUAGGAACCCCAUUCAGUGUGCUGGUUGUUACGGGAUCCUCAAGUCUUUACAAGGAAACCCAGCGUCAGCCAUGGAGACGUUAGACUUUUCCGACAUCCCAGUAAACCAGGAUUUUGAAGACUUGUACGCCGCAGUAAAAGAGAUAUUACCUUCCCUUGCGGUAAAACAUGUAGGGAGGGUUGACAUAUUCAGGAAACCCAAGUCUUGA